GGGUGAUUGUUGGAUUGAAUUUGAAGGAACAUAUUCUAAAGGCUGCUAUGCAGCGUAGCAUGGAUCAGAGGCCGAACUUGAGCUCAGUGGUGCAAAGUGUUGAGCUGAAAGCGCCCUUGAGAUCGUCAUUCUUGGGAAACAAUGUUCGUAGCAAGCUCCAUCUAACCUGCAGACCCAUUCGGCACAGAUCUGGGCUCCGCCUCUGCACCACUGGUAGCCAGGCAGGUGUGAGGGAUGCAGACUGCGCAUGCACCGCCUGCACAGCUCCCAGCAGGGCAGUAUCUUCCUGUGGGUUGUCCGCUGCUCGAAGAAGGCUGCAAGUUGUCUCGGCGACGGCUCCAUCGUCCUCAGAAGCAACGUCAGAACUGGCAGAUGUGCCCAGCACAGCUGACCAGGACAGCGUCAGACGACUCCAGCCAGACAGCAACGGCGCUGUGAGCACAGCGUCCUCCAGUGGGAAUGGAAGCGGGGUGCACGAUCAUGGGGUGAAUGGGAGCCAAGCCUUCACCCAGCUAGUGCGAGCGCCAGAGGACUUGAUGAUGGAGCCUGGAGUCCUGAGCAGCUUAGACAGAGGCGGCAGCUGCCAUCCAGCUGAUGUGUUCAGGUGUACAGGCUGCAGCGAGCCGACGUGCCAGACAUCGGAAGGAUGCCAGCAGAUGCAGUGGCGCUUCCAGCCGGGGGGGUACCUCAGAGAAAUCCUGACAGCCCGGGUCUACGAUGUGGCGGUGGAGACCCCCUUGGAGCUGGCUGCCGGCCUCAGCCUGUCCCUGGACAACAGGCUCUUCCUCAAAAGGGAGGACUUGCAGCCGGUGUUCUCCUUCAAGCUGAGGGGCGCCUACAACAAGAUGGCCAGCCUGACACCGGAGCAGCGGCAAAGAGGAGUCAUCGCCUCGUCAGCCGGCAACCACGCACAGGGAGUGGCCCUGGCAGCCGCAAGACUGGGGUGCAAGGCCACCAUCUGCAUGCCAGUCACGACGCCGGGUAUCAAGGUUGACGCGGUGAGGCGGCUAGGGGCGACCGUGGAAAUGGUGGGCGAGUCAUACACAGAGACACAGAGCCAUGCACAGGCAAAGGCGGCUGAGGAAGGUUUAGUUUUCGUGGCCCCCUACGACGACCCCUACACCAUUGCCGGGCAGGGCACGAUCGGCACGGAGGUGCUGCGCCAGCUCAGCAGCGCUGACCUGGACGGCCUGCAUGCGAUCUUUGUCGCCAUUGGCGGCGGCGGCCUCAUCGCCGGUAUCGCUGCAUAUGUCAAGGCGCUGCGGCCGGGUGUGAAGAUCAUCGGUGUUGAGCCGACAGGCGCCAAUGCAAUGGCAUUGUCUCUGGCGGCCGGCAGGCGAGUCACCCUGUCCAAGGUCGACGCAUUUGCAGACGGCGUGGCCGUCAAAGAGGUGGGCAUGGAGACUUUCCGACUGUGCCGGGAGCUUGUGGACGGCGUGGUGCUGGUGGACAACAGCGCCAUCAGCGCAGCCAUCAAGGACGUCUUCAACGAGACCCGCUCCAUCCUCGAACCCGCCGGAGCUGUGGCCGUCGCCGGCGCCAAAGCCUACCUCUCCCGCCACGGCCUCAAGGGAGUCACUGCGGUGGCAGUGACAAGCGGCGCAAACAUGAACUUUGACCGGCUGCGGUUGGUAACCGAGCUGGCGGACAUAGGCGGCCUGCGCGAAGCCAUGCUGGCGACCACCAUCCCCGAGCGCCACGGCAGUUUCGCGGCGUUCCUGGACAUCGCCAUAAACGACGCCAGCCUGCAGAUAACCGAGUUCAAAUACAGGUUUUCGGCGGGGUCGGAGGCGCACAUUCUGUGGGGCCUGGGCAUCCGGUCGCCGUCCGAGGUGACUGAUGUCGUGGACCGGCUGAAUGCGGCAGGGAACCCCACCCUAGACAUCUCCAGCAUCGAGGCAGCGCAGGUCCACCUGCGGCACCUGGUGGGCGGCCGCGCGCGAAGCUUCAUGGGGGAGCUUCCGCACGAGCGCAUCUUCCAGGUCGACUUUCCCGAGCGCCCCGGCGCCCUCCGCAAGUUCCUCUCAGCCGUCUCCCCAGAUUUCCUGCUCACCCUCUUCCACUACCGCAAGACAGGCGAUAAUGUCGCACACGGUGUCCAUGCAGGCAAUCGGUCGACUAAGCUGCUUGUGGGGAUUCAAGUCCAGCCGCACCAGGAGGAGGCCUUUGCAGUAGCACAGGAGCAGCUCGCUGCAGACUUCACCUUUGAGGAGCUCAGCGGCAAGGCCCGCCAGGUGUUCAUGAUGUUCAUAUCAUGAGAAGACCUUCAUUUAUGGGUCUGCUGACAAGGGAAUUCUGCAAGCCAGAGCCUGCUUUUGCAGUUGCUGAUUAUUUGGUGGUCCUGAUUUACUCAUUGUGUAAGAUAAAACAUUGGUUGUAAACUGUUAACAGCU